AUUCUCAAAGCCUCGUAUACACAGCAUCAAACCACCAUCAUCUCCGAUCAAAAUCUCUCGUCUCUCAUUUCCUUUCAACUUCACUCUCUCUCUCUCUCUCUCUCCUCCCAUGGAUUUCCGUUGCCAGUCUUUUCGAGAUUCUACUUCCCCCUUCGAUUCCCUCAUCUUCGAUUUGGACGAAACUUUAUACUCUUCCAAGAUAGGAAUUGGCGCAGCCACCAAACUAAACAUCGAUGAUUUUUUAGUCGAAAAAUGUGGCUUUCCCAGGACCAAAGCAAUGAGUCUCCGCGUCGAGCUCUUCAAAUCCCACGGAAGCUCUCUGGCCGGUUUGCGAGCAUUAGGUUAUGACAUCGAUGCUGACGACUAUCACAGUUUCGUGCACGGAAGAUUACCUUACGAUUCGAUCAAACCAGACCCUCAUUUGCGAAGCCUCUUGCGCACCAUCAAUCAAAGAAAAAUCAUUUUUACGAAUUCGGAUAGGAAUCAUGCUUUGAAGGUGUUGGAUCGUUUAGGAGUCAGAGAUUGUUUCGAGCAGCUGAUAUGCUUCGAAACUCUGAAUCCGAAUCUCUCGAAAUCGAGUCGUCCUGAUGAGUUUCCCGUUGUUCUGAAACCCUCACUGGAGGCUAUGAAGAUCGCCGUCGACGUCGCGGCGGUGGAUCCACGACGCACGUUGUUUUUCGAUGACAGCGUCCGGAAUGUCGCCGCUGGAAAAGCCUUGGGUCUCCGGACUGUUUUGGUUGGGAAAACAGUGAAGACCGAAGAAGCCGAUUAUGCAUUAGAGACAGUGGACAACCUGGCCAAAGAAAUUCCAGAGAUAUGGUUUAGCCGACUGGAGGAGGGUGACAAUGAAACCAUCAAUCUUUCAAGGAACCAAAAAAUGGAUUCAAUUGUUGCAACACCAACUGUUACGGCUUAAUUAAAUUUGGUCUUUGGGUUAUAAAGUUAUGUACAACUCUCUCUAUAUAUAUCUAUCUAUCUAUCACGUGAAUCAUGCUAUGUAAAUGUUGUCAUGUAAAUCAAUAUGAAUCUGUCCAUUUGUACGUAUGCGUAUCCAUGUAUUUGGCCCCACGUGUGUUGUCAAUAAAAAUAAUUUCUCAAGAAAUCUUUUAUUCCAGAA